AUGAUGGAUGGCGUGGUAUUUUGGCAGAUAAUGAAGGUUAACGUCACCAGGCUGUGCCGGCAGAAGAGCAUCCUCGCCGUGAACGGCCAGUUCCCCGGCCCAACCAUCUACGCGCGCAAGGGUGACGUCGUCGUCGUCAACGUGUACAACCGUGGCGACAAAAACAUCACCAUCCACUGGCACGGCGUGGACCAGCCGCGGAACCCGUGGUCCGACGGGCCGGAGUACAUCACGCAGUGCCCCAUCCAGCCCGGCGCCGGCUUCCCCUACCGCGUCAUCCUGUCGGAGGAAGAGGGCACGCUCUGGUGGCACGCGCACAGCGGCUUCGACCGCGCCACCGUGCACGGCGCCAUCGUCAUCCACCCCAAGCGCGGCACCACCUUCCCCUUCCCCUUCCCCUUCCCCUUCCCCUUCAAGAAGAAGCCGCGCGCGCACCUGGAGGAGGAGGAGGAGGAGAUACCACUAAUCAUCCUCGGCGAGUGGUGGCGGGACGACGACCCGACCCAGCUCCUGGAGGAGGCCAAGCGGACCGGCCGCGACGUCAAACCUUCGGAUGCCAUCACCAUCAACGGCCAGCCCGGCGACCUGUUCCCCUGCUCCAGGGCCGGCACCUUCAAGGUGUCCGUGGAGCACGGCAAGACGUACCUGCUCCGGGUGAUCAACGCGGGGCUCACCAACGACAUGUUCUUCGCCGUCGCCGGGCACCGCCUCACUGUGGUCGCCACCGACGCCCGCUACACCAAGCCGUUUACCGUGGACCACGUCAUGGUCGCGUCGGGCCAGACCGUGGACGUGCUCCUCGAAGCCCACCGCACCACUGGACGGUACUACAUGGCCGCGAGGACCUUCGUCUCCAGCACGAAGGCCGACUUCAACAACAGCACCGCCACGGCCAUCCUGGAGUACACUGACGCUGAGAAGGGGAGGCCCCCAGUGUUCCCCAUUAACCUGCCGGCCGUCUACAACAUGGACGCCGCAACGGCGUACACGGCGCGGCUCCGGUCCCUGGGCAGCAAGGACCACCCGGUGGACGUGCCGGCGCACGUCGACGAGCGCAUGCUCGUGGCGAUGGCCGUCAACCUGAUCGCCUGCGCGCCCAACGCGACGUGCAGUGGCCCCUACGGCGACCGCCUCGCGGCGAGCCUCAACAACGUCAGCUUCGAGAACCCGUCCGCCGUCGACAUCCUCCACGCCUACUACCGCCACCGCUCCACCCGCGGCGUGUACGAGGCUAACUUCCCCGACGAACCGCCGUUCCUCUUCAACUUCACCGAACCGGCGACGGGGCUCGGCCGGUUCACGAAGCGGGGCACCAAGGUGAAGGUGCUGGAGUACGGCGCCGCCGUGGAGGUGGUGUUCCAGGACACGGACAUCCUCGGCACGGAGAGCCACCCCAUGCACCUGCACGGCUUCGGCUUCUAUGUGGUGGGGCGAGGGUUCGGCAGCUUCAACGAGUACAAGGAUCCGGCAACCUACAACUUGGUCGACCCGCCGCGCCAGAACACGGUGUCCGUGCCCAAGGCCGGCUGGGCCGCAAUCCGCUUCCGCGCCGAAAAUCCUGGGGUAUGGUUCAUGCAUUGUCACUUUGAUCGUCAUAUGUUGUGGGGGAUGGACACUGUGUUCAUUGUGAAAGACGGCAAGACCUCGGGAGCAAGGAUGACGCGGCCUCCUCGGAACAUGCCUAAGUGCUAAUCUAAUGAAACAGGGCAUGACAGUUCUUUGCAAGACAAAAAUUUGUUCUGAGAACAUUGUUCCCAACAGUGGAGGAGCCAGGAAUAUCAGACAG